AUGUCCUGGAAGUCCCAGAUCGUGCUGUCGGUGAUGGUUUUUGCUAACGAUCUAAAUGAACAGGCCUUCAAGGACCAGAUGCUGCGGCUGGAUAAGGACUACCGCGAUGUGUGUCAAGAGCUUGCAAAAGAGCGUGCAGCAAAGCAAUCGAUCCAAGACAAGUCGAAACAUCAGAUAAAGACGCUGGAAGCAACGGUGGCGGCACACGACAAGGCUGUGCGCGACGGCUCGUUUGUGCUCGUAUUGGUGGAUGCCGACGGUGACGACUAUCUUAUGAACAACUACCUGCAGCAGCAAAACGCCGUUGAGGGCGGCAGUAAAGCGGCUAAGGAUCUUCGAGAGGCCGUCAGACAGCAUCUGCUGAUGAUGUACGGGGAGCAGGCAGCCGGUCUUCCGGUGAUCGCAAAGGCAUUUGCGUCAGGCCACGGCCGGAUCAACGUGCUGGAGCGGACGACGGGAAUGAAGCGGUACGACGCCCAGAAGACGUUUCUGAACUUCAUGGCAGGCUUCUCGCAGACCGAAGAGCUUUUUGACUUUGUCGUCGUCGACAGGGGAAAAGAGCGUGCCGACCGGAAGCUCGAGGCUUCAUUCCGCCAGUUUGUCAAUAACCCUUGCUGCCAGCACAUCCUGCUGGCCUGCUGCCACGACAACGGCUACGUGCGCAUGCUGGAGAAGUUUGUUGGCGAUCCUGUGGCCAGCAAGAAGAUUGUGCUCGUCAAGUCGUCUCAGCCGGGCGCCGAGUUUGCUUCUCUGCCCUUUUCGUCCACCACCCUGGCCGGCUUCUUCAUCCAGCGCCCGAAGCGCCCGCCCUCCCCCAAGUUUCCGAAAACCAUCCCGAUUGUGGUCCCGUCGUCAGGCCAAGGCCGGACUUGGAAAGUCGCUUCGUCUGUGACCAAUGCUCCGACUGCGUCUCCGACCCUGACUCCGUCAUCCGAACAGUUCCGAACGUGGCUGGCUGCUUCGGCCGUUGUCACGGCUCCGUCUGCGGUCGCGGCGACUUUGUCCGUGCCCAACAAGUCUGCCCCUCCCUCUCCGCUUGCUGGUCCGCCCGAGUCUCCUGGCCAGGUAGAGCCGAAGAAGAAGUCUCCUUGGUGGCUGUCUGGUCUCCUAGGCCUCUCGUCUGGAAUUCCUGAGAAGACAGAAACAGGCUCGGCCGCUCCUUCCAUUUCGGUUCCUGACCCAACAUCUAUUGCAAAUCCUCAAUCUAAGACUACUUCCGUUCCAGAUUCCGUUCCAGCAUCCGUUCCAGCACCCGUUCCAGCACCCGUUCCAGUUCCUGUGGUCUCCAAGCCUAUUGUCCGGCUGCCAGUUCGUGCGGCUGCAUCAAAGCCUCCACAGUCCCGAUCGUCUUCACCGCCAGCCAACAACCUUCCGUGGACACCACCGGCUACACCGCCGUCGCAGAGGGUCAAGCCGAGGACGCCGUCUCCUGGGUCCAGGUCUCAGUCUUCUACCGGGUCAGCCGGGUCAACCGGGUCAAAAGCGAAAGCAAAAACAGUGCCAGAGUUUGGCAUGUUUUCCGAGAAUGCCGUGCUGGUGAACACGCAAAACCAGCGUAUUGACGUGCCUCUGCCACGGAACUCGGACCCGGUGCACGAGUCGUUGCCAAAGAAGCCGACCAUGCACAAAAAGGUCUGUCACCAGUACCAGCUACAGUCGACCUGUUUCCGACCCAACUGCCAGUACUCACACGUCAAGCUUUCGGCCGGCGAGCUGUUGUCUCUUCGGCGCGAGCUACGUGCCAAAAAGUGCGCCAAAGAGUCUGCCUGUCGCAGUGGCAUGUGCAUCUACGGGCACAGCUGCACAUGCUCUCAGACGAAAAAGGACUGCUCGUUCAGCCCUGCGUUGCACAACGUGGAUACGUCCGCGUGGAAGUUUGUGCGGGCAGACAAGUAG